CAAAUGUACUGGCAGAUGCACAAGUGUGCAAGCCAAGAAAGAGAGUAAGAAGAAGAAGUCCCCACUGUAUGUAGAAUGUAGAUAUCUUUGGUAUUAACGCCAUUAACCAAAUCACCAUAGUAACAGUGACAUUGAUCAAACUAGAAAUUAGAAUUUAAAACUCGAGUUAUUUAUCUAAUUACAAUGUCUUCUAAACAAGCAGAUAUUUAUAGAGAGCUUCAAUCUUGCAUACAGGACGAUAAAAUGUAUUGGUUAAAAAACGAUGCCAAAUUAAGAGCUGUAGUAACUUCUAAAAGUUACGACGAAUUCAAGGAUUAUGUAGCUGCAGCUCAUCUAUCACCUAUAACAAGAAAGGAAAUGACAGAAAGGAAGCCUGUGAACUGGAAUAAAUCAAUGAGAUAGCUUUAAAUGUAUAAAACUUAAUAAAUACCUCUUGAUUUA